AUGCGUCUAGACGAACUGCGCGUCCCGCCUCUCGGCCUCGUCCUCGCCUUGGGGCGUCCAGAUUUGCACGAAGAGUGCGCGCGCGUUCUCAGAAAUCUCAAGCCUCCGCUCGGAUUAACGACGCGCGACGACAUCGCGGACGCCCCCGAUGCGUUGAAAGCGCGCGCGCGCAAGCGAUCCGUCAAGGUGUCGCUGCGCGAGCGCGUCGGGCCGGGCGGCGGGGCCUCCGGUGAUGCGCUGCAGUCGUCUGGUAGGGACGAUCGCGGCGCGGCGACGGCGACGGCGACGACGACGGCGAGCGGCGGAUUCCGUCGAACACCCGCGCUUCCGGGAAUGAUAAAGCGGUCGUGGUUGAAGAAACAUAAAGAUGAACGCCCGGUUGUGGUGAUGGCGCUGAUCGAUAACGAGGCGUUGGAAAAUUCGUCGACGACGAGACGAGCGCUGGAGAGCUCGCUGGAGAAGCUGUACGGAUACGCGCACAACGCAGGGGCGUCGUGCUGCGUCGUCGUAGUAGCGUGUGGGCCUGGAUUGCCGGAAACGUUACCGGAGGAUAAAGCGGCGGUGAUUCGACGGGUGCUACGCGUGGAAAAUCGCGCCAUCGUGACGCUGAAUACGGCGCACGGUCGCGACGCGGCGUGGAGCAAAGCGGCGAGGGUGGCACAAGAAUUGGCGGUGAAGAAUUAUGAGAGCGAGUGCGAACGUCUGACAUUGCUUGCAAGUGAGUCGACGUGUCCUCGGGGGUUGAAAGUGCGGUACGCGUUCAAAGCAGGAGUGUACGCGGAGUUUAGACAGGAUUGGACCACGGCUGUUCGGCGAUAUCGCUUGGCGUAUGAUUCCAUACCAGACGUGACUCCAGACGUGACGCCGCAAGAUGUGAUUGAAACACUUGAAGUGAGCCAAGUGCUACACGUGAAACUGUGCGUUCUACUAUUACACAGUGGUUCGUCGGUGGAGGCUGUGCAUCAAAUCGAGGAGCACAUGCGCCGAUGGUCGACGGCGCCUCUCAAGGCGUUACCGCGAGAAGCUUUGCCGACGUUUCACCGCUGGCGCUCUCACCAGUACGACGUGUUCGGUGAUUUGCUUAAUGGACGUUUACCCGCACCAGCUCCCGUUGGUACACCGCGCACGCAUUUGCCGGCGUUUUACUUUCACGCCGCAGCGCACUGUUCCAUUGAGCGUCGACAAGCUUUCGACGACGUAGUCGACUCGAACGAAGUGCCCGAGAUGGAAGUGAAGGUUGAACAUGCAUCAUUCGUCGGGCAAUUAAAAGUCGCCGGCACGGACGAUGAGCCUUUGACUGCAGAGCAAUACAUGACGUACCUUCGUGUCAAGGACACGCGCGACGACAUCUCUCGCGAGACGAUCGAACUUUUGACCAAAGCACAUGAUCAUUACAAGACAAACUCGGCGGGUACCGCGGGUGGACGCACGUUCGCAACGCUCAUUCGCGAACUCGCAAACGAGUAUUUGCACGCGGGAGACUAUGAAAGCGCACUCAAGCUGUUCAAAACCGUUGCCGUGGUGUAUAGACGCGAAAAGUGGAACGAGUUGCUGUGCUCUGUGCUCAUGAAUCUCAAGACGUGCGCCAAAGCGCUUCGAGACAACGAAGAGUACUUGAACAUUUGCCUCGAGAUGGCUGCUUUGCACGAAGCCACCGACGAGCACGCGCCUUCUGCGUUUGCGGCUGCGCUCGCGGCUAUGAACGAACCGCGCGGGGAAGAUGAAGACGCGCCGACGAUUACCUGCGAAGACAACCUCAGCCAUACAUUCAUACUCAAGGCUGGCUUCUCGACGAGCGAUUGCGUCCCGGGAGAGCCGGUCAAGUUCCACGUCGCCUUAAGAUCAAACUUUGCGGGUGAUCUGGACGUCACUCACAUCGAUGUUGAUUUCACCGAACUGGACGCGUACGAAUUGAGCGAUGCAACUCCUCGAACGUUGCGCUCGAAUGAAUGGUUGAAAAUCGAUUUCGAAGUCAUCCCAAAGUGUGGGUACGUGUGCGAGGCGAAUUCUUUGACGAUCACGACGGUGUCAGGGUACGAACUAGUUCUUCCGUUCACAACGCAAACGAGCGAUUGUUCAGUGAUGAAUGCAGAUUACGAAUCCCUGCCUGCGUCAGUGCUCAAGAUGAAAAUCAAGACGCACAUCCUGGACGUGAGCGACGCACCUCCGCGUGCGUCGAUUUCAAUGAGAACGCCUGAUGGUCCGGCGCUCGUGGGUGAGAUGUCGCGUGUAAUCAUCACCGUUUUAAGCGUUGCGGAUGAAAUCGAGGAAGGUGAACUCGCGUUGGUCGUCAUAGAAGGCGACAAACCGUCUAAGAAUGUUCAGAUUCUUACGGACUCAGGCGACGUGAUUAAGGAUGGUAAAAUUAUCGUCGGCGACAUCGCACUUCGCGAGAAAUGGACAGGGAUGAUUUGUUUGCGAUGGACAGGUGAAUGUCCGCCCGCCGCCCUACACGCGUCGCUCACGGCGAAACGAACAGGGGCGCGAAUGACGGAGCUCUUCAAGGACAAGCCGCGCACGGCGCCCGUGGAGAAUGUGGCGCAAAUAUCUUGCGAUGCACCUUUCACUGUCAAGCGCGCGUAUCUUCCGGCGUACCGACAAUCGCCAUUAGUCCUUCAGGAAGACAAGUGCUCCAAGUCGCCGCCGGUGGGUGUCAUGCUCGCCACGCUUCACGUCGGCGGACCAGCUGAGAUAACCCUCGACGGCGUACAGAGUCACGACACCAAGGAUCCCACAAACACGAUGGCGCUCGCAACGACGGAGACGAGGUCUGACGCCACGCUUUACGAUGGCGAUGCAUUCUUGCACGUGAUCCCGCUCCGUUCACACGAACACGGCGAAGACGCUAUUCGCGUCAUGUGGCAUCGCACUCACGGAGAUUCCAGAUGUGUGAAAGGCGUUCCGACGGUAAUUUUAAACGAGUACUGCUUGCCAAACGUCACUGGUUCGCAACCGCCCCUUGUGGUGGAGCUCAGGUGUCCGCCAAAACUUUUCGUUGGCGAUCCAUUCACGUACGAAGUACGCGUCUCGAACGCCACGACGGCGAACUAUGACAUUAAGAUAUCCGUUACGGAUAGCACGGGGUUUGUGUUCGCAGGAAUAAAGCGCGGUACAAUGUACGUGCCUCCGUUGUCCACGGCGUCGUUUUACUUUUUACUUGUUCCGAUUGUCACCGGAAGCGCCAUCCUUCCCGAGUUGUCGCUCGGCGCCGAGCGCUUCUCCGCGACAUUCGUGCCGCCCAUCGAAUCGCGUCGAGUGAUCGUGCGGCCGAAGUACUAG